UCUUUUAGUAGGCCACCAGGCCCACCACCAUUCAAUCGCUUCAAAAACUUCCAUUCCAUUUGGGUGGGUGCCAACUCACGAGUCACAGAGGCACAGCACAAGUUUUCCCAUUUACUCAGUGAAGCGAUGGAAGAUGAGGAAAUAAGAGGGGGAGACAAACUUAUAUUAAGAGGGCUGAAGUUUCAUGGUUUCCAUGGGGUGAAACCAGAAGAAAGGGCAUUGGGUCAGAAGUUCUUGAUAGAUGUGGAUGCUUGGAUGGAUCUUCAGGCAGCUGGCAAAUCUGACUGCUUGUCAGACACUAUUAGCUAUACUGAAAUUUACCGCAUUGUUAAGGAAAUUGUUGAGGGACCGCCUCAGAAUCUCCUAGAGUCAGUGGCUCAACUGAUUGCUUCUACUACGUUGUCCAAGUAUCCCCAAAUAUCUGCUGUUCGUGUGAAAGUUGGGAAGCCUCAUGUUGCUGUUCAUGGUCCUCUGGAUUAUUUGGGUGUUGAGAUUCUUAGACACAGAAGCAGUGACAUGCCAAACUAAAUUUCUAGUAUAUAAUCCAUUUGGCACCCCAAGUUGUUUCGUGUUUGUUUGGAGUUACAGUUUCUCAAGUUGUGUUUGAACUAUAAUACUUCUUAAUGGACCAUUACAUGUUUACCGUA